GAUAGAAAAAUAUCCGAUAGUUAUUCGAAAUUUAAAAUCUUUUGAUCAACAUUUGCAAUGAAAUUGAAAUAGUUCAAAUUUUAUAAAAAUGGUUAAGCCAAAAACGGGGCAAUGGCAGAAAAACUACGCGAAGCUUGUCUAUCGACAACAUCAUGGGCAGGUGAAAACGACGAACUUAAGCCACCAGAUCCAUAGGUUAUUGAUCAAGCACGCGGCUAUAAAGCUCAACAUUGCACAGGAGGGUCAAAAAUAUGCUGAGAAAUUUGAAACGAUGGAUAAUAUGCGCCAUCUACUGGACAAAUUGUUGCACUCAAAAAAACUAAAGCUGAGUCCCAAAAAAAAGGAAAGUCUACGCAAAAUGAAGAUGCAACUUCCUUCCAGUUCGCUACUGAAUCGCAUCAGGCUAAUGGAGUUGUUGGUAAAGCUGCCCAAAUACUCUGGUAGCUCCGAAGAUCUCCAUGUCGAUUGGCUGCGGUAUUGGCAUGGAAAGGACUUGCAACGGCUGGAGAGUCUUGAGCAUGGACUGGAUCGGAUCAAUAAAAAGAUGCUGAACGUCAUCAGUGAUAUCCAUGAUUUGCAGUCAAUAAUCAAAUAUGUCCAAAAUUCGCAAGCCCCCAAGUUCCGAAUCACACCCGUCAUCGUGCGCAGGCAUUGGCUGGAGCCCACCAAACACGGUUCUGAUGUGAAGGCCACUAUUGCCACGACGAACAAGAAUCAUCGCAAGUUGCUAGACGUGCGUCCACGUUUUAUACUGAAGCAUGUGCCAAAAAUGAUGCCCAAUAUGUAUAGUUAUUUGAAGACUUAGGGGGUUAUAUGAAAUAAUUUAUUAUGCAAGAAUUAGUCUAAAAGCCGCGCUACUUAAAUGCUAGCAAAAUGCUCUAUGGCCUAUUCUACUCCUCUCCAGCCAUAUAUACAGAAGCUGCUUAACUUCAGCUUGGGAUCCCUCAACAGAAACCUGGAUUGGUAUGCUCAAUGAUGCAGCGCUUGCAGUACUUCUUGACCGCCCGAU